CUCUUCGUAGCGUCGGGCACCAACACGUGUGGUGUGUACGUUUAAAGUAGUGAUCGUCAUUAUUAUGAUCGGUUAUGAUAUUUCUAGAUGAGUGUACCAUAACUUAGUUACGUUGCAUCUUGAAAAAUGGUCCAGCUUGAGCGUGAAGAGUCUGUAAAUGAUAAGGGUUAUGUCUGUCAUCAAUUUCUUAAGAAAUAAGGUCAACAUUUUCAGUAGUGAAUUGCCCAUUUUUACGUAAUUUGUGUUUAUAUUGUGGUAGGACGAAUUUUUAUUUAUAUGGCAGUGAGUUUGCGAAAAUAAGGUUAUAGAAGAGUUGUCACGCCUCACAUGACAGCGCAUUUAGCACAGAUUACCCGUUAUUGUUUACUCGCAUAGACUUGAAAGAUGACUCAUUGUGUAAUUAACUGCAGAUAAACCAGCGACUCAGAUGAGCUUCACCGUACACGGGCGUAAAUUCAAAUGUGAGUUGAAUCAGGUAGACAGAGCCUUGAAGCGUAGCUACAAAUUAUAACCACGAAAAGUUUAAUGUAGAAUACUCUCCGUUCCAUUGUGAUCAUACGAAUGAAGUGCAGAAUAUAAAUAUCGCAAAACUAGUUCAUUCACGUGAGUAUGUACACGAAAGUAAAAGGCCUCUCACUUUGUCAGGUUUCCUUGAAGAUGGGAAAUAUAGUCACAUUCUACGAAUUUUGAAGUGUGAAGUUUGAAAUCAGAUGUUCAGUACAACGUAAAUAGAACCCAGGAGCACAGCGUGGCAGCCAGCAUUGGUGAAGUUUUUCUGUUAUCUUGUAGGCUAAGCCUAGUUAGUGGCCUACGGAUAAGUACAGCAGUCAGACAAGUAAAAAGUACCACAAGAAGAAUUAAAAAAUGACAGAAAGCAAGCCAUCCAGAGUGAUUGGUUAUUGGAUGUCUGAAAAGAAGAGCCAAAAACUUAAUUGGACAGAAUUUGGAAGUGUAUGCAGGAAAUAUGGAUUUGAUUUAGUUAAGCUGGACUUGAAUCAACCACUGGAAGGGCAGGGACCAUUCACAGUGAUUUUGCACAAGCUCACAGACAUCAUAGCCUUGACAAAUCAAGGAGACCCCAAGGCCCGUGUUAUGAUCUCCCAUGUUGAGUCAUACAUUAAUGAUCAUCCAGAAGUGGCUAUUAUUGAUCCACUAGAUAAUGUCCGCAAAUUGUUGGAUCGCUACAGAUAUUACAGUAUUAUACACAACAGUGACCUUGAGAAAGCAGAUGUCUUUAUGCCUUCAUUUGUGGAAUUAACAUCAAGUGAUUGCAAAGAAAACCUUAAAACUUUAAGGUUAGCUGGUGUGGACUUUCCAUUUGUGUGCAAGCCUUCAGUUGCUCAUGGAUCCAGCAAUGCCCACAAGAUGGCAGUAAUAUUUAAUGAGAAAGGGGUGAAGGAUUGCCGUCCGCCCUGUGUCGCACAGAGUUUCAUCAAUCAUAAUGCCAUCUUAUACAAAAUAUAUCUGGUUGGAGAUGAAUAUUUUGUUGUAGAUAGGCCAUCACUGAAGAACUUCUAUCCAAGUGACCGUGAGACAAUCUUCUUUGAUAGUCAUGAUGUUUCCAAAGCAGAUUCUACAUCCAGUCUAAGUAUUCUGGAUCCGAGUGACAAGAUGAUAUUGCCUUCUCGCCCUGAUCCUGCAAAACUACAACGAAUUGUCUGCACAUUAAGGAAGGAGCUUGGAAUGUCAUUAUUGGGAAUUGAUGUGAUUAUUGAAAAUGGCAGCGGGCGAUAUGGCAUCAUAGAUAUCAAUGCAUAUCCAGGUUAUGAUGGCUACCCAAACUUCUUUGACAGCCUUAUGAACUGCAUAUUGGAGACAGUCAAUCAUCAUCCAUGCACAGUCUACAAACCAGACCUGUCAAGUACCCAGUUCUGUCUUCCUCUCACAAAGCACACCGCAGAAAGUAAGAACAGUCAUAUAAUGUCACCAGGAAGUGGUGAUCAGGAUGACUCAGGUUUUGACACUGGUGAUUCAAGUGAUGAGAAAAAGAAGCGGAACUUGUCAGUGGGAUCCACUACUGAACCAGGAUAGCUCAGUCGGUAUGGUGAUGGGCUAUGGGUGGGAGAGCCACAGAAUCCAAGUGUGAUUCCCAGUGGGCAGGAGGUAUUUCUCUUCUUCACAGCUUCCAGGCAGGCUCUGGGGCACAAAGCUGAUCACUGAACUUCAUCUUUUGCCAAGAUUUAGGAUACAUGGAGCUAUGCUUCCACUCCCCCAUCUGUUUUCAUUGUGUGGUGCUUAAUUAAGCACAGGGUCAGCACUACCUUACCUUGUGUAUUUCUUUUAGUAGUACAUGUUAGUGAAAUGCUUGCUUAUAGCUUUAUGUAUAUAUUUCACGUGAACAAAAAUGGUUGUUUACUGGCCAGUGAAUGGUGAGACGAUAUAAAUGCUGUUUGUAUGGUUAAGUCAUUAUACAGCUAUUGGUACCUAAGAAAAGACACUGUUAUUACUUUCAUAGGCACAUUUCAUAACAACACAUAAGUGCCUAAUAUCUCUUCUACAUGUGUUUGUCUACAUACAUAUAAUAAUUCUGUUCUGAUUAAAUCUAUUUUGACAAAGUUGUAGGUUUACAAUUCUCAACGAAAUCGGAUUUUGAUACCAAAUUUGAUAUAUUCCUUAUAUCAGGGCCUAUUUUUGUGUUUUAAAUAUAUUGCAGUGUUGUACAGGUUGAAGUAUGUUUUAGAUAGAAUUUGUAAAUUCUGUUUUUUCUUAGAUACACUUUUUAAUGGGUCUUUUUGUUUUCAAGAUGAUAGCCAAAUAGUAGAAGGACUUUAUAUGAAAUGUGCCUGUUCUUACCUUUUGCAUUUCAAGCAUUGAUGAACAAUAAUAUUGUGAAUGUAGUACAAAGAGAGUGCCUGUAGAUUACAGUGAACAGCAGGUUGGCACCACUAAUGUUAAUUAGAAGUCAUGACUUUUUGUGAAAAGUUAUGUGACCAAUUAAUGACUGUUGGUUUUGCUAUAGAGCAUUGUAGAUAACUUAUAUAAGACUGGGUGUGUGUAUACAAUAGUUCUUUGCAGUUUUCCAAACAUGCUGUAACAACUGUAUUCAUUAAAUAUAUAUUAUUUGACAAUUUUGA